AAAGAAAGAAAGAAAGAAAGAAGGAAAGAUAGAAUGGAAGGAAGAAAGAAAGAAACAAAGGAAGAAAGAAAGAAAGAAAGGAAGAAAGAGAGAAAGAAAGAAAGAAAGAAAGAAAGAAAGAAAGAAAGAAAGAUAGAAUGGAAGGAAGAAAGAAAGAAAGAAAGAAAGAAGGAAAGAAAGAAAGAAAGAAAGGAAGAAAAAAAGAAAGAAAAAAAGAAAGAAAGAAAGAAAGAAAGAAAGAAUGGAAGGAAGGAAGGAAGGAAGGAAGGAAGAAAGGAAGAAAGAAUGGAAGGAAGGAAGGAAGAAAGGAAGAAAGAAAGAAAGGGUUCUAUUUCUAGUUCACAGCGUCCACGAGGAGAAGGGGACAACGAGAGGCUGGAACAUACCUAA